CCGCUGCCGGGAGCGCUGGGCCCGGGCAGCCGCCGCGCCUGCAGUUCUCGGCGGGGCGAUGCGGAUGGCGGUCGGUGCGGCAGCGGGCGAGGGGGCAGCGCAGAGCCCCGGCCCCGCCGCCGUGUCGCUGGGCUUGAGCGUAGCCGUGGUCUCCAGCUUGGUGAACGGCUCCACCUUCGUCCUGCAGAAGAAGGGGAUCGUGCGGGCCCGCGGGAGAGGUACUUCAUACUUAACAGAUAUAGUAUGGUGGUCUGGCACUAUUGCAAUGGCUCUGGGUCAAAUAGGGAAUUUCUUGGCCUACACUGCAGUCCCAACUGUGCUAGUGACGCCCUUGGGAGCUCUUGGCGUUCCAUUUGGGUCCAUCUUAGCUUCUUACUUACUGAAAGAGAAACUGAACAUUCUUGGCAAGCUGGGAUGUUUGCUGAGCUGCGCCGGGUCUGUUGUUCUCAUCAUCCAUUCCCCAAAGUCCGAGAGUGUAACGACUCAGGCUGAGCUUGAAGAGAAGCUUACAAAUCCAGUUUUCGUGGGUUAUCUCUGCAUAGUGCUGCUAAUGCUUCUCCUGCUUAUCUUCUGGAUAGCUCCAGCUCAUGGACCUACUAAUAUCAUGGUUUACAUCAGUAUUUGCUCUCUGUUGGGCAGUUUCACUGUUCCUAGUACAAAAGGCAUUGGGCUGGCUGCUCAAGAUAUCUUUCACAAUAAUCCGUCGAGUCAAAGGGCUCUGUACCUCUGUCUGGUACUUCUGGCAGUAUUAGGAUGUAGCAUUAUCAUUCAGUUCAGAUACAUCAAUAAGGCACUGGAAUGUUUUGACUCCUCUGUGUUUGGUGCCAUCUACUACGUUGUGUUUACCACCCUAGUCUUGCUGGCUUCUGCCAUCCUUUUCAGGGAAUGGAGUAAUGUAGGAGUGGUAGAUUUUUUGGGAAUGGCUUGCGGAUUCACCACAGUAUCUAUUGGAAUUGUUCUUAUACAAGUCUUCAAGGAAUUCAAUUUCAAUAUUGGAGAUCUAAAUAAACCUAACAUGAAAACAGAUUAAAAUAUUUUUUGAGGGGAAACUGGAUGGCUCAGGGAAGGAUGCAGAGUCUUUAAUUUCUAGGUCACUGAUUCAAAUAGGAUUCAGGCAGGUAACUACCCUCUGAUGAUUUGGUGGCCUAUAUGAAAUGAAUUGGAAGCCUCCAUCCAGUUUCAAAGGAACAGUUGUCCAUGUACCCCAGUCGACACAAUAAAUGAACUUAAUUGCAACCACUGAUUGAGUCAGCAUAGAGACCGAUGUCUUUCUUUACUGUAAAAGGUAGUCCCUCAGAAAAGGUCUGUGGAUGUUCUGACAGACCUGCAUGUGAAAGCUUGUGUUGUGACUUCUGAGGUACCGUUUCUGUGGGCAGAGAACAUCAGUUUCUAACUCACUCAAUCUGAUACCUUCCAUCAUGAGUGAUGUGCACCUUUAAAAUAAGGGGGAAUAAAAGUGGAACAAUUUCUUAAUUUCAGUAUAGCAAUGUGUUCACCGUCAAGGCUCUGAAUUCUGAGAUAAAUGUUGUUUGAACCAUGAACUGCAGAUUUGUCCUUUUUAAUGACUGUCUUGGCAACUUUGUCUGCCAUGUGGCGAAGACACUGGGGAGUUUUAAAUUGAAUUCUUUAUACAGAGCAGUGGACCCUUAAAUUUCUUUCACUAAUUACUUAUCAGCUGAUGGUUGUGUCCAGGUAUGCAUUUUUCUUUGUAACUUAUGUGCAUUAAGACAUACUGCAUUCAUCUGAGAGUUUUUAAUUGGGAGCAGACAAAAAGCCUGUGAAGGAUAUGGAAAUGAUGCACAGACUCAUUGCCUACAUGGUGGCUUAUUUGUAAGCAGCUCAGAACUGUUUCAGUGCCUUUGCAAUCCAAAAAUACUGCAUAAUUGUGAAUGUAUUUGUUUCAGCUGGCCUAUACUGGUUUAAUAAUUCAAUUUCACUGUCUACAAUAUUGGACUAUAUUCAGAUUCUAAACACAUAAAGCAUCUAGAAGGACCCAUGUAUUUUUGGAAGAAUUGACAAACCUGAACUGAAAUCCCCAGAUGCCUUGACAGCUUCUGAAAAACUCAUAGGCCUAAUGAGAAGAGGUAAUCUACAGGAGUGUUGAAAACAGUCCAGCAUACCUUUAUUUUAGUUCAGUGACUAAAUGCAGGAGACCAUUUUGUGAAGCAGCUAAUAAAUAGAGACCACAAAAAAAUUUAAGAGAGAGAAGAGCAUGAGAUUGCUCCUAGCUCAAAAAAGAUGGUCUGAUUUCUCUUGUAAUGUGGGCAAAUGAAGUUAAAGACUGAAAAAGCUUAGGCAUUCAAAGAGCUGAGUUUUAGAUAACUGACAGGGACACACAUUCAGCUCCAGUAAUUUAUAGACCUGUGUGAAUGGUUCGGCCAUAAUAUUUUGACAAGUAGUACAGAUAGCUUAAGCUAUGAUGGGGAUGACUCUGAACAGUUCAGUUUAAACCAUUUAGAGGGUAUUGAUAUGUCAAAGAAAGAAACAGUUAAUGUUCAUGUUCUACUUAUAUUUGGUAGCUAACAUCAUGAGUCAAAAACUUGAAAGCUUGCAAAGCAGUGAAUGUUUGUUUCCAUGUAAGUACAAAACUAGAAGAGUACCAUGGAACUCAACACCUCUAGAUCAGGACAUCUUCUGAGAAAAACAAGAAAACCCAACGUGGUUACAAGACAGUAUUUGAGAAAGUUCAUGACACUUUAUCCAGAAAUCGUGAAUGUAGCUUUGUGGCUGCCUGACAAGAACAUGGACUGUGAUUAGCAGGGUGUAAUACUGUCUGCUCUCGUGAUCGUUUUUGUUGACCUGAACUAAUGUUUUCUUAAAACUCAGCCUCCACUUUAGUUUAAAAUGAAUGCUAUAAGCCCUACUAAUGGCAGCAAUAAUCGUGAAAGUGAAUCCUAAAGAUUUAGUAUUCUGAAGGGACUGUUCUGAGGGAGUAAGAGUCCUACUGUGUUAUUUUCAAGCUUGUUUUAUAACUCCAAAUUGCAGGGGAGUGACUCUGAGUUGGCAAAAAUGUAUGUCGUUAUAGGCCAGCGCAGUAACUGGGUAUCUUAAUGAAAUAGAGUAGCACUAGCAGAGAAAAGACCAUCUACAUGGAUUUUCAAAUAUUGUGCAACAACUUGAAGCAGUCAAGUUGUCUUCUCAAAAUUCAAAUUCAGAGUUCCUGAGUUGCAUGUUGGUUUUGUAUUAGCCUUUAAUCUCUGAAGACUUUGGUUAAAAAUCUUUAGGUCAGAAUUGAAAUUAUUGUGGUCUCAUUCCUCCUUUGGCCAUCUUUGUUUGUCUUGGUUUGUUUUAAAAUUAAUUAUUUAUAAAGUGCCUGUCCUAUUAUGUUAGGUGCAUAUGCAAAUUAUUAGUUAAUACUAGAUUUAAAAUAACUUGACUGCCCUGUCUAAACUUUGCCACUUUCUGCUCCACACAAAGUUUACUUGAUAAGUGCUCACUAUGCAGAGGAAGAAUAAAGUAGCAGCUGUGUUCUGUGGUUCUCUGACUAUCCUUACAACUGAUAAAUGUCUGCAUAGUUCUCUUCUCCCCAGAUGCUCCUCAUCUGUGAUGAUCUUUCUAGAAAUGUCUAGUUACCCUUGAUGUUUAAAAUAGAGAUGUCAAAAGCCAGCACAUAAGGUGAAAGAAAUUCUUGUGGCCUUGCACAUCACUUGUAUCUGCAGCCUUUUACAUCUUGAAUGCUAAGUAAUGGAAACCUUUAUUUUUGCUAUUUUGUUCAGUGUGUAGCAGUUUUCCUUUGAGUUCUGCUGUACCUGGAUCUGAUUCAGUUCUAACUUUAGAAAUGUAUUAGCAUUUCCUGUUGUCACUGUUGAUAAGGUUCUCCCCCACUCCAUCCCACACCCUCCUCUUUCUAGGUGUCCUACCUUUUUUAGUCCCAUUGCUUUUCUGAUUUAAAAGAAGGCAAUGUUGAAGUUGAAUUUUAGCUGUUCACUCUUUUUGUUUUUAUUUCACCCUUUUAAUAAGUAAGCACUUUGAAUAAGACAGAUAUCUGAGUUUCAUCAUCUCAGGGAGCAAAUGUGCACAGUUGUCUCCUGAGCUUUGGUGUCCCUUAUGGGUCUGCCCUUUUCCCGUUCUCUUGUGUUAUGUCUGUUGAUAGCUGGGAGCCAGAUGGCUUCAGUUCUGAUUCCAAAGUAGAAGUGGGAGAGGCUAUGCAUACAAAAAGUGGACUUGUUGCAGCAGUGGAAUGCAUUUGAAUUCAAUUCAAAUCCAUGUGAAAGGCGCUUCACUCUGUAUGUCUGACUUCUGUUAUAUUUGUCAAACAUAUUUACUUGGUACUCACUUGAGGAUAGCUCUUUGAUCAUUAUCCCUUCAGUGUAUGGAGGAUUUGCAUAUGUCAGUCACAAUCUUUAUUAGGUGUCAAACACAAAAAUCCCUCAAAUGUCCAAUAGGAGAAUAGAAACCUUUUUGAUACAACCAAAAAAAAAAAUUUGUUACACCUUAAGUACUUAUGUAAAAAAGAAAAAUGUCUAAACAAGUUAUCUGCUGUACUGACUUUCCAGGACUCUGUAUGUGUAAAUAGAGCCUAUUUAUUAGUGAGCUGCAACUAACAUAAGAACCUGUCAUAUCACAGUUUGACAAGUGAAGCUUCCUAUUAAUAAUACUGAUUUAUAUUGGAACAUAUGUAUUUUUCUGAAGUAAUUAGCACUGAAAAAUGGAAACACUGGAUUAAUUUUUUGAAUCACUAGAAAGUGAGGUUUACCUUUCCUCUUUAUUUAAAAAAUAGAGGGUUUGUAUUUGAAGAAGUUUAGGGUUAAUAAAUAGGGGGUGCUUUAAAUGGGCAGUUGUUUGCAUGUUAUACCCCUCUCACAUUCUUGUUUCACAAAUAUAAAACAUCAAGGAUUCUACAGAUCUUCCUUCAUUGUCUUGAGAUGGUGUAACUGCUGAAGUUUUACUGUUAAAUCAAGCAUUAUCAAAUGUUUAUCUAUUACCUGUUAUCUUUGUAAUAAUUUUUGGUGCUAAUAUGGCUUAAAGAAUGCAGAAUUUUGGUCUGUGUUAGGCACCAAUGUGGUCAACAGUUAUUAUUACUAGUGCCCAAGUGUUUCAGACAGCAGUGUUGAAAUGUUAUGGAUUAAGAAAUCUUUUUUUAAAAGCUGAAAAUAAUUUUGGGUUUUUUUAUUAUUUGUUCUUGUGUUGGGUCCUCCCAUGUCCCCCCCCCCUCCUGAUAAAGUUGCUCUGCAGAGUGGAAAAUAUUACGCAAAGUGGUAUUUUUAAGUUAAAUCCUUUUUCAACUGUGGAACUUUCUCUUCUUUUUUUUUCCCCCCUACUUUUUUUUUUUCCGGAAUGUAAAAAAUAGUUCUAUUGGGAUAUGGGGAAAAGGUGGAUGGCAACAAACAUACAGUGUCAGGUUUGGUUGCUUCAAUGCUCUUGCAAUAUAGUUACUACAGAUUACAUAAAAAUGGUUUAUUUUAUUAGCUUCCGAAUAAUGUAUAUAUAGAUUUGUUAACAGCUUACAAGUCAAGCUUACUCUCUUUGCUUUUUAAAAAAUAGUUAUAGGCAUGUUGUAUUUGCCUUGUGUAAAUUAUUAAAGGCUAUUUAUUAAGUUUUCUGAUAACUAAUCUAUUUAUUAACCUGUAUUGUUUUAAAAUAAAUGAUUUAUUUCUAGCUCAA